UGCUGUAGCCGUCCGAACUUGGCUUGUGAGUUUCCAUCCGUUACAACUGAGAACUAGGCAGAAAGUGUCAGGGAUCCCCCGAGCAUCCCGGCCGGCUCUGUUCCACCGGCUGGUCCCAUCACCUCAGGGGAACGAUGGCCGCAGAGUCCACAGCCACUGCCGCCAUCACCGCGGAGCUGAUUUCCGCCGACAAAAUUGAAGAUGUUCCUGCUCCUUCUACUUCUGCAGAUAAAGUAGAGAGUCUGGAUGUGGAUAGUGAAGCAAAGAAACUACUGGGUUUAGGACAGAAACAUCUGGUGAUGGGUGAUAUUCCAGGAGCUGUGAAUGCAUUCCAGGAAGCAGCCAGUCUUUUAGGUAAGAAGUAUGGAGAGACAGCUAAUGAGUGUGGCGAAGCCUUCUUUUUCUAUGGGAAAUCACUUUUGGAGUUGGCAAGAAUGGAGAAUGGUGUGUUGGGAAAUGCCCUGGAAGGUGUGCAUGUGGAAGAGGAGGAAGGAGAAAAAACAGAAGAUGAAUCUCUGGUAGAAAAUAAUGAUAACAUAGAUGAGGAAGCAAGGGAAGAGUUGAGAGAACAGGUUUAUGACGCCAUGGGAGAAAAAGAAGAAACAAAAAGUACAGAAGACAAGUCUCUGGUAAAGCCUGAAACUGAUAAAGAACGGGAGAGUGAAAUGGAGAAGGGUGGAAGAGAAGAUAUGGAUAUAGGUGAACCUUCAGAAGAACAACAGGAAAAAGUUGAGUCAACUCCAAAUCAAAUAACUGAAACCACUGAAGCAGCAAAAGGAGCAGCAGAACCAGAAGGACUCAGUGAAGCUGAGAUCAUUUCUGGGAAGCCAGAACAGGAAGAACCAGAUGCUGAGGAGGAAAAAUCAGUUUCUGGAACUGAUGUUCAAGAAGAGUGCAGAGAAAAGGGGGUUCAGGAAAAGCAGGGAGAAGUAAUUGUGAGCAUAGAGGAGAAGCCAGAAGCUUCAGAAGGGCAGCCUGUUGUGACCCCAGGAAAGCAGGGCACUACAAUGGAGGUAGCAGGGCCUCUAGAUCCAGUAGUCAAACCAGUGAAUGUGGAUGGGGAUGAGUCAAAGGAGGAUAUAACUUCUUCUGAAAGUGAGCCAGGAAAGGCUGUUGUUGAGCAGCUAAUAGGGCAAGAAGUACCUCCUGGAGAGUCACCAGAGGUGACAGAGGCUGCAGAAGCUUCAGCCACAGGAGCUGGAUCAGAAACCUCUGAGAAACUUGGGCAGGAGGCUGCAGUUCUCCCUAAAGAUGGUGUACUCAAUGGACUGUCAAGUGCAGGAGAUCAGACUGUUACUGAAGCACAGACUUCUGCAGAAGAACUCACACAAACAAAAGAUGGCUUAGGACUAGAGGAGGUCAGGGCAGAAUUGGUUCCUAGCCAGGAGACUAAGCUGUCCACAGAAGAGUCUGAGGCAGCUGGAGAUGGGGUUGAGACCAAAGUAGCCCAGGGGGCUACUGAGAAAUCCCCCGAAGACAAAGUUAAGAUAGCUGCUAAUGAAGAGACAGAAGAAAGAGAAGAACAGAUGAAAGAGGGUGAAGAAACUGAAGGCUCAGAAGAGGAGGAUAAAGAAAAUGACAAAGCUGAAGAAAUUCCAAAUGAUUCAGUUCUUGAAAACAAGUCUCUUCAAGAAAAUGAAGAGGAGGAGAUUGGGAACCUAGAGCUUGCCUGGGAUAUGCUGGAUUUAGCAAAAAUCAUUUUUAAAAGGCAAGAAACUAAAGAAGCUCAGCUUUAUGCUGCACAGGCACAUCUUAAACUUGGAGAAGUUAGUGUUGAAUCUGAGAAUUAUGUUCAAGCUGUGGAGGAGUUCCAGGCUUGCCUAAAUCUGCAGGAGCAAUACCUGGAAGCCCAUGAUCGUCUCCUUGCAGAGACUCAUUACCAGUUGGGGUUGGCCUAUGGGUACAACUCUCAGUAUGACGAGGCAGUGGCACAAUUCAGCAAAUCUACUGAAGUCAUUGAGAAGAGAAUGGCUGUGCUAAGUGAGCAAAUGAAGGCAACAGAAGGAUCCCCUGCUGAAUAUGAGAAAGAAAUUGAAGAACUGAAGGAACUACUACCUGAAAUCAGAGAGAAGAUAGAAGAUGCAAAGGAGUCCCAGCGUAGUGGAAAUGUAGCUGAGUUGGCUCUGAAAGCAACUCUGGUGGAGAGCUCUACUUCAGGUUUUACUUCCAGUGGAGGAGACUCUUCAGUUUCCAUGGUGGGUAUUCAGAUUGCCAGUAGAAAGCCAACAGAUGGUGCUUCUUCAUCAAAUUGUGUGACAGAUAUUUCCCACCUUGUCAGAAAGAAGAGGAAACCAGAGGAAGAGAGCCCCCGGAAAGAUGAUGCAAAGAAAGCCAAACAAGAACCAGAGGUGAAUGGAGGCAGUGGGGAUGCUGUCUCCAGUGGAAAUGAAGUUUCAGAAAACAUGGAGGAGGAGGCUCAGAAUCAGGCUGAAAGCCGGGUAGCAGUGGAGGGGUCAGUGGAGGCUGGAGCUACAGUUGAAAGUACUGCAUGUUGAGAAGGGAGCAUGGCCUUCCUCCUGAGGGAAAGUGUUUUUGUAUAUAAUGUAUUUUUUCACUUUUGGGGGAAUUCUUUUUGUAUAAUUUCAAUAAAGAUUGUAAGCAAA